CGGACGCGCUAGGGGGUUCGAUUCGCGGGAGCGUGCGUGCACACGCGCCGUUCGUUCCGCAGCAGCCGCGCUCCGACGAGCUCGCGCGCACACAGGCGGCGGGGAUGCGCACGGCGGGAACGCGGGCGGCCGCUCGGCUCGCCGCGGCGGACAGGGGGACGCGGAGAGGGACGGAGACCGGGAGGCGAAGCGUCUCACCGUGGACGGGCGCGCGCUGAGGGGAGGAGAGGAGCGCGAGAGGAGUGAGGAAGCCCCCCGCGGCGCGAGGACGGAUUGUGACGGACGGGACGGGCUGUGUGUGUGUGUGUGUGUGUGUGUCUGCGGCAGAACGUGUCGGGCAGCGGAUCGAGGACUGAUAGUGAUACGUAUCAUACGCGCACACACACACACCUGAACAACACGCACACGGAGGGACAGGUGUCUCCAGAGUCAAUGGGACACGGGGAGGAUGGAGAGAGGGACCUCGUCCGCCGCGCUGCUCUUCAUCCUGGUUCUUUUCCUCACCUGGAUCCGAGUCGACAGCUUGAUGCCUCCCGUCAAUGUGACCGUCAAGGCGUUGAGGUCCAACUCCGCUGUGGUGACGUGGGACAUCCCCGAAGGCGACCCGGUCAUCGGCUUCGCCAUCACGCAGCAGAAGAAGGACGUGCGCAUGCUGCGUUUCAUCCAGGAAGUGAACACGACGAGCCGCUCCUGUGCUUUAUGGGACUUGGAGGAGGAGACGGACUACAUCGUGCACGUGCAGUCCAUCAGCAUGCGGGGGCCGAGCCCCCCCAGCGAGGCCUUGCGCUUCCGCACCCCCAAGGAAGCUGAGAAACUGGCCUCCAAGACCAAAGCAGACGAGGUCACCAUGGAGGAAGUGGGCCAAAGCACCCAGCUGAGGGCCGGCGAGCUCAUCAUCAUUGUGGUCGUGCUCAUCAUGUGGGCAGGUGUCAUCGCCCUCUUCUGCCGCCAGUACGACAUCAUCAAAGACAAUGAGCCCAACAACAACAAGGAUAAACCCAAGAACUCAUCUGAGUGCAGUACCCCAGAGCACCCCACGGGGGGGCUGCUGCGCAGUAAGUUCCCCAAGAACAGGAAGCCAUCGGUGAACAUCAUCGAGGUGUGACUCGGGCACGACACCGGACACGUGUCGCUCGGGCUGCUGGGAGGAGCCAGUCGAAGGAGGACGGUCGAUGUUUAAACGGGGGGCGUUCUGGGACCCCCAGCCCAGAAAGGACUCUUAUCACGAGAGACACGGCUGACCUCCCCAGGCUGACACACACUCCUUGCUCUCCUCGAACCUAUCACACUCUACCUGUCCUCGCUCUCCCUGUCACGCAGAGCAUCCUGUUCGCCCUGGACGUACGGACACCCCCACCUCCGCAUCUACGUCACACACCAGCACCCGUGUUACACCUGUAAUCGUCGUUUGCGCUUCCUUCCGACGGAGGCUGGGGACUCGAACCCUCACGAUGGAUUCCAUCACGUCCACCAAUUGGGGGGGGGGGGGUCUCCACGAAGCACACGGUGACCUCCGACCCUCAGCGAGAGGAAACUGGUGUGGACUUCCUGUACCUGCAGAGACAUGGACACUGAGGACUGCAGCGCUCCAGGACGAUGACUGAUGACGCCUCUCUCUCUCGCCGGUGACGUUUGUUCUGGCAAAACGACCGUCUUUGCGGUUAUUCCUCAUUCCGCGUCGACCCCACGCUGACAGCUGGACGACGCGGCGGACAGCGAAGACAUCGCAGAUGAGUCGGAGGAGAGCGAUGCCGCCGUUGCCACGGCGUCCGCCGAGCAGGGGCUCCUCGCCUGAGAGCAAUAAAAGCAUAAAGCCAGCAGGGGUGUGGAGCACGAUGAACUCGGUCCCUUGUUGUUCCCCAGCUGUCCUCGUCCCCCUCAGCUCCAUGGCGAGCACUAGGUGGGGGACCAAGGAUGUAGGAGCACGUGACCGGGGGGAGGGGCCCAAAGCGGAAAAACAACACCGAUGCCCCACAAGUAGCACACAAUACCGCGGUACUGAGCACAAACGGAGCGCAGGCGGUACAGUCCAGUGCGGAUGUGGGACAGGAAGUUGGACGGCUCCCUC